AUGGACCCGUCGCCCGACAAGCACCGCACCUGGACCAGCAUGACAUUCUUUACUUAUUGGGCGUGUGAUCUCUUAUACCCCGCCUCAUGGGCCACUGUCGCCUCCUUUGUCACGCUCGGCCUGACAUGGUGGGAGUCGUGUCUGGCCGUCUUCCUUGGCUCCCUCUUCGUUGCCGUGGUCAUCACUGCCAACGGUAUUAUCGGUGCGACCGUGCACACGCCCUUUGCCGUCACCACGCGUGCGACCUUUGGGUACUGGGGUAGCAAGUUUGUUGUGUUUUCCCGCUGCGUUAUCGCGUGCUUCUGGCUCUCGAUCAACUCGUGGUCGGGCGGCCAAUUUGUGACCCUCAUGAUCGCCGCCAUCUGGCCUCAGUACAAGCACUUUGCCAACCGCGUCCCCGUUAGCCAGGGCGCGACGUCAUCCGACUUUCUCUCGUUCUUCCUUUUCUGGCUCCUCCAGCUGCCAUUCAUCUUCAUCCACCCCAGCAAGCUCAAGUGGGUGUUCAACGUCAAGGCCGUCAUUGUUCCUAUCGUCGCCAUCGGAACUCUUAUCUGGGCUGUCAAGAUUGCCGGUCCUCAGGCUGGCCCUCUCCUCCGCGGCGGUCGCAACCGUGUCCCCAGCGGCUCUGCUCGUUUCAUCGCUUUCAUGACCUCUGUCACUGCCGUGCAGGGCACUUGGGCGACUCUCUCUGUCAACAUUGGUGACUUUUCUCGUUACUGCAAGAGUCCGGGCGCCAACUGGAUCCAGCUGUUCGCCUUCCCCAUCAUCAACACUAUCGUCUCCAUCUUUGCUGCCAUUUCAGCCACUUGUGCAUACGCCGUGUACAACGAGGAGCUGUACCAGCCGUACGACAUUCUCGCCAAAUGGGACACUUCUCCUGGUGGCCGUGCCGCCAUGUUCCUUGGAGCUCUCACCUGGGCACUGUCCAACGUCACGACCAACAUCACUGCCAACUCGAUCUCGGCUGCCAACGACAUUUGCUCUCUGGCGCCCAAGUACGUCAACAUUCGCCGUGGUCAGUUUAUCGCAAUCACCAUUGGCGUCUGGGGCUUUGUUCCCUGGAAGGUCCUUGACUCGGCUGCCAACUUCCUCACCUUUAUGGCCACGUACUCGAUUGUUCUCGCUCCGAUUGCCUGGCUGAUGGUGCUUGACUUUUACUUUGUCAAGGGCGGGAAGCUCGACAUCUACGAGCUGUACCAGCCCCGCGGCAUCUACAGUUUCACCAAGGGCUGGAACUGGCGCGCGUACGUUGCGCUCGCGGUUGCCGUUGCCCCCAACCUCCCUGGUAUGAUCCACGCGAUCAACCCCGACAUUUACAUUGGUAACAUCAAGUAUCUCUACAUGGUCUCCAACCUUGUGGCAUACUUCAUCGUAACCGUCGUGUACCUUCCCCUAAACAAGAUCUGGCCUGCGUACGGCGCCCUUGUCGACGAAGCAGUCCACGACGUCAUUCCAGGAGGUCGCGAAAAGGACCGCGGGGCAGACAGCCUCGACGGCCCCACACCAAUCAACAGCCACGACGGCGUCCAGCGCUAUGCGGCCGCUGGGACGCCUGGUGAAAAACUUGACGACAAGGUGGCGCAGGAGGAGGGCCGCUUUCUCUAG